AACUUUGAAUUUCUCCACUAGGAAGAAGUGCCCAGACAAGAGAUUUUUGUUAUAUGACUUCAUGAAAAAUAGUGAAAUGUCAGGCUCUUCACCAUUUAAGAUGCGAUUAGUUCAUUUGGACCUUAAAGGAGCUCCACCAAAAGUUUCCUACUUCUCGGAGGUCUUUCCUCUGUUCCACGCCUUGGGCGCCAAUGGGCUCCUCCUCGAGUAUGAAGACAUGUUUCCCUACGAGGGCCACCUCAGGCUGCUGAGAGCCAAGCACGCAUACAGCCCCCCCGAAAUCAAAGAGAUCCUACAUCUGGCUACACUGAACAAGCUAGAGGUCAUUCCAUUGGUGCAGACAUUUGGACACAUGGAGUUUGUGCUGAAGCACGAGGCUCUCACUCACCUCCGAGAAGUGGCACUUUUCCCAAACACCCUGAACCCCCAUGAGGCAGAGGCCCUGGCGCUGGUGGGAGCCAUGGUCAGCCAGGUCAUGGAGCUGCACCCGGGCGCUCGGUGGUUCCAUGUCGGCUGCGACGAGGUCUAUUACCUUGGCGAGGGCGAGGCCUCGAGACGGUGGCUGCAGCAGGAACGUAACACCAAAGCAAGACUGUGUCUGUCCCACAUAAAGGCAGUGGCCUGCCACGUGCUGGCCCAGCACCCUGCCACGAGGCCCCUGGUGUGGGACGACAUGCUGCGGGCCAUCCCCGAGGACCAGCUCUCAGCAUCGGGGCUGCCGCAACUCGUGGAGCCUGUGCUCUGGGACUACGGGGCCGACCUAGACGUCCAUGGCAAAGCUCUUCUCAUGGAAAAGUACCGGAAGUGUGGUUUUCUCCGGCUGUGGGCUGCCAGCGCCUUCAAGGGGGCCACGGGGGUGAGCCAGGCCCUGACCCCCAUCGAGCACCACCUCAGGAACAAUGUGCAGUGGCUGCAGGUGGCGGCCUGUGGGCCUGCGGACAUGCUGCAGGGCAUCGUCCUGACCGGCUGGCAGAGGUAUGACCACUUCUCCGUGCUGUGCGAGCUGCUUCCCGUGGGAAUCCCAUCCCUGGCCGUCUGCCUGCAGUCGCUCCUACACGGAGGGUUUACCGAAGACGUUAAAGCAAAAGUGGAGAACUUUCUCGGGAUUUCAAACCUAGAAGUAACUGAUUUUACAAGCGAGGGGCCCGGCUCCUUCCCUGGCAGCGAUAUCCUGGCCCUCGUCACGCAUGUCAGCCUCCACUUGCGCAGCUCCGUGGACACGCUGCUGGAGAGGGACAGGUACGUGAGCGGCUGGUUCAGCCCUUACCACCGCAGGCGGAAGCUCAUCCACCCGGUCAUGGUCCAGCACAUCCAGCCUCAGGCGCUCAGCCUGCUGGCCAGGUGGAGCGCCAUGGUGCGGGAGCUGGAGGCCGCCCUGCAUCGUGUCUUCUAUCCCGACACUGUGGAGGAGUGGCUGGAGGAGAACGUGCAGCCCAGCCUGAGGCGGCUACAGGCCUUGCUGCAGGACCUUAGAGAGGCGGCUGGCGCCAGGCCGCACGUGGCUCAGGACCCCUGAGGGGACGGGCCAGGCACCCCGUCCAGCUGUGUCCAUCCUGGCGCCGGCAGCCCGCCUCCCCCUGUACCCGAGACUCCCUGCAACAGGCCACACCCAGGGAGCAGACGGUUCUCGCUGGGAAGGACGAGUGGCGAGGUCCAGGGAAGACACGCUGAGGCCUGCCAACCGAUCCGCGUGUGGAACUUGUGCGCUUGAAAUACAACGGACAGCGGGAGCCGGAACCGCUGCUGGUGGGAGUCGGACUCGCUGCCAGCGCGCGUCCCACACCCGUGGUCCCGAGACCCUCCUCACCCUGCGAGCCCAGCCAAGGCAGAGGGGAGCUGGCCACACGGGUCCCUCCAACUCAGGGCACCCUCCAGUCGGGGUGACCACGCCAGAAACCAGUGACAGCAUUUCAUACUUUAUUUUAGAAAAAGAAAGCUUUCAGAUUUUACCACUUAAAAACCCAA